GGGAUGUCAAUCUCUGUCGACUUCCUUCACUAGAUCGUGAUGGCGACGCAGCAGAAGGACAGAGAGAACUUCGCUUCGUUGCUGCGCCAGAUGAGACAGAUAUCGGGCAAUAAGGUUACGCGCAUGCUGCUGGGGAGCACGCCAGCCGGUCGCCCUACAACUGUGCUCGUAGUCAACAAGCUCAGUCAAAUAAAUAAGAUUCUGUUCAGGCAACUGACUAUUACUGGAUGGGCAACAAGGCCUUCUAUUGCUGCGUUUGAGCCUCUGGAACUGAAUUACGUUGAAUUGUUGAAUAUUAUUACAAGUUUUAUUGACAUAUUGCCUGAAAUAGUAAUAGAACCAACAGGACAUGAAAUGCUGCUAGAGACCUUAAAGCAUGUAGCAUGUCUUUUACCUGUUGAAGCACUCGACUCUCUGUUGUGCACCACAGCAUCUGCACUCGGCCACCUUCCAGCUUCAUUGAGAGAACAAAUCAUGGACUGUUUGUGUGACAACAUUCUUCCAAUUUCUCUCAUUCCUCGGGUUGGCUCACAAGAUCAGAGUUUCGCCGAGUUCUCUGUUUCGUUAGUGAUAAUGAGUGUUCUCCAGCAUUGUCCGGAAGUUGUUCAUCAUGUACGUCUCAUUGAAACGCUCAUGAUGUUGAAGGACAAUGUGUGUGAGGACUUACUGGAAGUUAUUGGUAAUGGAGUGCACACUAUCAGAGGCCCUGCUGUCAAACUUCUGUUUUAUUUCUGGCCAAUUCCAACUGGCACUUCACAGCAGGAACUUGAACUUGGCAAUGCAGUGUGGAAAGUGAAGAUGUGUCAGGUGACCGUCUGUCCCACACCUGAGAAUAGAGCAGUAAAGAUGUGUCUGGAUCCUAUGAUCGCUGCUGAGCUUGGCAAUGCGCCACCUCCAUUGUAUAUAUGCUCAUCCUGUCUUUAUCUUCUCGAAGAGAAGGGUGGCGGUCUUCCAACUAUUGACAUUACAGUAUCACAAGGUCAAGCUUCUGGCAGCAUGCAGAGACACCGUGGAAGGAGGUGGUUAGAUGGGGGUCCGAUGUCAUCUACUUUGUUUGAUGGUGUGCAUGCGUGGAAAGUGGUGCAGAAGGAUAUUCCUGAUCCGUGGAGUCCAAACACGAAUCUAGAGCAGCAGGCUAACUUGCUUCAGACUAUAUGCCAGUUGCUGCUAGAAGCAUCUCCAGCAAUGUUUGGAGAAACAAGUACUCACAGCUCACUGUCAUCUAUGCAUGAUGAUGAGGAUCCUGAUGAGCCAGAUGGAAAUUUCACACAAUGGCCAGAUCAUCAGAAUGGCAAACCAGACCAGGAAGACAGGCGCAUACUUAGCAAAUAUGGCAUUAUGUUGAUGAAACAUAAAUGUACUCCUCCAGGACCAUGUGAUCCAAUGUUUAUUGGACAAUUGAUUGCUGCCGUUAUUCAGUGGCUUCAUGACACAAGGAAGAUGCCAGAGGGGCCUGUUGGUGCGUGUCUGGGACCUCUCAAACACACACAAGUGAAGGACUGGUUGACUGUGGUGUGUGAAACGAACUUUGAUGUGUUGUGCCAGUGUCUUGAACCAGAGCCUCCUAUGUUUGCUCGUGUUGGCGGCUGCUGGAAUACAUUGACCAGCUAUGUGACAAAGCACAAAGAAGGCCUUGGUCACAUUUUCAUUGUUAUCACAGAGAACAUCUUCUCAUUUGACAAACUGAUGGAGCUGUGGCAACAUGUAAUGCCAUCGUGGAUGGAUGCUGUUAAGGGUGACAUCAGUCUUCCAGACCUUACAGAGUUUAAGACAGUUUUUAGAGAUCUAUUUCCAAUGUUGUCGAUAUCUGAUGAUCACAAGUAUGAGUUUAUUCAUCAAAUGUUCAGAGACACGGGACCAUUAGAACAAGGGCAAGCAAUUUUUUGGCUACAGAACAUGACACGUCUCGAGGUUUAUUUGCCAAAGUUGGACGUAUUCUUUCUAGAUGGCGUGCGAUCUCGUUUUGCACAAGGUGUUGAAACUGCCUUUCCAUUCUCUCAUUGUCCUGUGCAACGAACUGGCAGCACUCCUCCAGUUAUUAGCCCCAGUGCUGCUUCACUUAGAGACCCACAUCCAGUCUCUGCUGGGAGUUUCAAGGAUGGAUUUUUAGACAUCAAUACCCCAUACAGUCGAUAUGUUCUGAUGUUGGAUCUCCUUGUCGAACAGAGAGCCCUGAGAGAUCCUAAUGGUAAUGUCCCAUUUGAUCCUGAAGAAAGCAGUCGCAUCAACAAGCUUCUUACUCUCAUGCUUAACACCAAAUGGGGAGGAGAGCACAAAGGCAAUCACUCUGAGUCUUACAAUGACUGUAAUUUGUGCCAGUGUACAAGUUUAUGGUUUCAACUGGCAUAUCAGCUGUUGAGGCGAACGUGCCAUGUUUCAAUGGUUGCAUCUGACACAUCAAAUUCUCUUUACCAGCCUGGUACUAUCUUUGGUGCAACUGUUCGUUUGGAAACAUGGAGCUCUCAGUCGAGUGCUCACUUACCUGUAAAUGGUCUAAAUCAGCAGUCACAUGAUACAGAUGACAUCAAUCCAGAAGCUGCGUCGUCAUCUAAGAAUGAAGAUGGUACAGGUAACGAAGUAUCUGUGUCUACGGUUGGUGUAGACAGUAUAGAAGAACGGGAUAUUGAGCUCAAAACAUUGCAAGAUCAAGAUGAAAGUAUGCUACUCAUGGAAACUAGACGACAGCCAUCUAUAAAGAGUGCUGAACAUCAAGAACUAGAAAAGACAAGUGAUGCUAUAAACAAAAGAACAUCAAGUGUUUCUGCUCAAAAGAAAAGGCUGGAUUAUGCUCACACAGGCUUACUACGUGGAAAAGAGUUGUUUUCUGACAUGCCUGUGCAAGUGAAACUCCUCAUUGGCUGUCUCACUAAGCUGGAGGCUCAGCGUGAUGUGGAUGUGAUGUGUAGUAUUGUGAAGUGCAUUGAGGUUUUGUGCCUUCAAGGUAACUGUUUGACAUUGACAAAGGAUUAUGAUGUUGAGUUGCUAAGGAAAAUACAAGAAGGCUCAUUGAUUCCAAACUUAUGGCAUGCUCUUCGGUCGGAACAUUCGUAUCUCUCUGAGGCUUGUGUUCCUGUUUUGGUGCAUUGCCUAUCUUACCCAUAUGCAGCUGAGAUGCUGUGGAAAGAGCUGAAUGAGGCAUUCAAUCACGAUGAUUGGAGAGUUAGGUUUAAUGUUGUGGAAAAGGUCGUUGUUUUGGGAAGAUUCUUGAAGGAGGAAGAUGUCAAGAUGGACGAGAUUGUUAUCGCUUCAUCAGUGAUGUCUACAUUGGCCUUAGCAUUUUCUCGUUUGAUUGAAGCAAUGGAAGAUGUUUGUCCAGCAGUUGCCACUCGAGCUAUUCUUCUUUUGAAAACAAUCAAGACGUCUUCAUUGAAGCUUCUUUUCAGUGCUCUGGAGCAUCAGUUUCGGUUUGAAGCACGUGAUCGUCCACUUAUUCUUCAGCGCAUGCAAAUCUUGAACAACAUGCUUCCCAAUGAGCCCAUCCUUACAGUAAAACUCUUUGUUGAUUUAUUCCAACAUCUCAAGGAAGAAGCUACACACCUAACUGAUGAUGCCUAUGAUGGGCUAUCACGUAGAGUCACUAGCAUGAAACGCUCAUUUAGUGUGAUGAAUAAGACAACAUACCAACAGAAAGCACGAGCAUCAUCAUUGCCAACUGCCACAAUGCCAAGUGGCUUUCUCUCUUCUAAGUUUGAGGAAUUACAGGGUCUAUCGUUUUCGUCUCAUGAUGGAUCUCUGUGGAAGUCAUGGGAUGCUACAUUGGAUGAGUUUGUGGGCAUUGUCUUGAAUUCAGCUCACAACGCUCAAACAUCUACUGAUGGUGGAAAAGGCAGUCAGUUUGUGAUUUGUGCAGCUGCAGGAGAGACAUCACAGCAUGCAAUAAAACAUCAACUGAUUACAUUACUAAUGCAGUUUAUGACCAACCACAGUCCACAUCAAAGUGAAUAUUAUGCCUUUGGAGGAAAGUUGAAUCCAUUACAUCGUACAACAUCUUUGGCUCGUACCAAGUCAAUUGAUUCUAAACUAGUCACUGAUCUGCAGAGUUUUUUUGGCUAUCAAACAAGAGUGAACAACUUCAAUCACGAACCAAGUAAACUUAGGUUGCUGCCUGAGUUCUCAGCGUACAUGUUUGGAAUUGCUGAUGUUCUUGAUCAGAACAUCGUUUGGGGCCAAAAGCUGCUUGAUUUUACCCUUAAGCUUCUUCUUUAUUGUCCUGCUGCAUCACGCGAUGAUGUGCCAGUUUCUGCUGGCAAUCAGCCACCUUUGUACAGUCUAGCUCUUCUUUCGCCUUCUCUUCAGUCGAUUUGGCUUGUUAUUCUUAUUAUUGUUGUGUAUAAAUAUGAAGAUCCAGAACAGGUGGUUGUUGAUGAUCAAGAAAAUACAAUGACUGAUUACCAGAGGAAAAUUGAGUGGCUUAGUCAGAUUGCUAUGAAUACUAUAUCUCGUCCAUCUCAUGUGUGUCCACACAGAUUUCUUGAAUCUUCUUUAAGGCAACAAAUGACAAUGGAAGACAUAAUAUCGGUGCAAUCAAAGGACCUUGUGUCUACAUCAUCAUCUUACGCUUCUAUCGACAAGCAUCAUUCUGAGAGUAGUAGUAGUAGCAAUUCACUUUCCAAAUCAGCACUUGGUGCAAUGCCAGCUCCCACACACAACGAUGUCUCUCGACCACAUAGAGUUGAAGGUGCAAAUGUAGACCUGAAAGGCCUGAAUCCAAUUUUAGAGGAUGAUGCCACUAGUCUCGUAUCUUCUACUAGUGAAAGCAAGAAAUUUCAACAGGACCCUAGGAGCUCACUGAAGAAGAGUGCUAGUCAGAGACCAAAAUGGACUACAAUGGCUGAGGUUGGAAGACGACCUUCUAUAGUUAUGUUUAGUCCUGAGACAAAGGGAGGGCUGGAGGAUGAGUCGGACAGCUAUGAAGGUACCAAAUCGUCAAGGCAUGGAAUUUCAGAAGACAGACAGGGUACUUCAGAACUGUCAGAGUCAGAGACAUGGGGCAGUCAAAAGGGUAUGCAAAGACGUUACUCAGCUUUGAGUUCAUCCAGCACGAUCUCAUCAACUUCAUCAUCGGUAUCUUCCCAUGGCAACAGUUUGGUGGGUCUUGGAUUGUCAUCAACAGACAUUGUUGGACAGAGGUCGAUGACAGAAGGCAUGUUCUCUUAUCACAAUAUUGAAAGGAUCUGUCCUGGCUGUGAGGGGAUACUGGAGGGAUGUAAUGAAGAGGUUGCUUGUCUGGCACUCAUUGCUAUAGGAACGUUCACACACAGAUAUCGUGAGCACAGUGCAACGAUGCUACAAGAUAUUCUCGACUGCAUGGCCAGUAUGGCCACCACUCCUCUCUAUCCCUGGCAAUCUGAAAAUUCUGUUCUCGUGACACCAUCUGGCUCUUCUGUUGCUGUGGCUCGUCAGUUCCUACGUUGCAUUCUUCUUCAGUUUGCAGGCUAUGGAUUGUUUCAAGAACUGUUUCGAAGUGAAAACACAAGCGCAAAGCUAAUAAAGGCUAUUGCUGUAUCUUUGCCAGACAAAGGAGCUGUUCCAAUCAAUUAUCCUGGUCUCACAUUAUCCUCACCUAUUUACUACAUAAUGGAGAAUUUUUCGAAACACAUGGUAUCUCCUAGUGAGAUGAUGCAGAUGAUUAGCAACGUGGCCAGGUAUAUAGAGAACCUUCUAUCAACUGCAUCUAAGAGCUGGCAAGAUAUUCUCUCUCUCCUACAACGUCUCUUCAGAAACUUACCUGACAUAUAUCAGAUGAUGGACAGUGAUGUGAAAAGAGAUUAUUUACCAGCGAUGAAGCUGAUGAUUUGCUCAUUACAGGCAGCAAAGAGCACAGACCUGGACAGGAGUCUUCUUGGGCCUUUCUCUAAGCUUUUGUCUCAAGCGAUAGCAGACAUGUCCAUUUCUGUAGCAACGUUAUGGGCAAUCUGUUCUCGCUGCUACACGACAAAAGACAGAGAUAAACUGACGAGAGUUGUUACUACAGAACUGGAGUUGGGGCUGAGAUUCAAAAAAGAGAUGAAGCUUAGCUUUAUGUUGAACUUGGUCAAGUUCGUGUGUGUAGACAGCGGUGCAUACAUUGGAGAAGUUGUUGACUUGGACGGCAACAGUUUGUCAGUGUCUGCAAUGGCGGGACAAACUGGUGCUCAGUAUGCGGUUCAAUACAUUCUGCCUGCUGCGGCUACAUUCCUUGGUGACAAAACAGUGUACUCCAAACAACAUGCUAUUGGCAACGUGGCCCAACAGUUGAAAACUGCAGUUGCACAAAUGAUUGGCAUUGAGCUCUACUAUCAAAGCGAUGAAGCAUUGCAAAAGAUUUUGCCAUGGCUACGAAGUCGAGAUGCUAGCAUAAACAAUGUGAACGAUGUUGCCAAUCAUUUGGUCGUGUUAAGUUGGGUGUUGCUUGGUGCAAUCGCAUAUCGAGCAUCAACAAGUGCAGUUUCUGAUGCAAUAGACAUUAUCCCAUUUAGAGAAGAGACGUCUCAGUUACUAACUGAUCAAUGUACAAUGAUCAUUCAAGGAUUGGGUGUUCCUGUACGAGAAGAAGUCUGGCUGGCCAGAGUUUCUCUGUUGCCCUUAUUGUUUGAACUGUGCAAGCUGUGGACUGUUUACUGUGAAGUCUUCUUUCCAAGUGCUAUGCCUGCAUCGUAUCUCUCAGAAUUUUGGAGUACUGUAACUGUCAGUGUUUUAAACGUUCUUGCCAGCUUCCCCAUCUAUACUGACACUGAACAAUGGAGGAGAAAUCUUCCAAGACAACUAUUGCAGCCCUUUGUAUGUAUGGUCGACAGCCUUCAAAUGUUAUCCAUCACUUCACUGUCCAAGCUGCUACCUCGAUGGCUGGAAAUAUUUUCUGUGUUUGAGAAAGAGCUGGCGGCACCUCUUCGAGAUUACCUGCAGGACUGUAGUCGUCUCUCUCAAACCGAGGUCAACUGGGAUCAGAACGACGUUCGUCUGUUGAGGUGGCUUCUACACGAGCAAGAUGUGUUGGCUAAUAUUGAAGUACAAGUCAAGACAAAGACAUAGAUAGAAGGUACGAACGACUCAAUUGUGACAGCAAAGCAUUGUUCUAAAGACACAUAACUACUUUAGAACAAUGAAUUUUUGUGUAUAAUACUGUAUAUGGGUAGUGUAUACAUUAGCUGGCAGGUCCCACUGUAAACAGUUGAACAAUGUUAGUGUUUAGUCUAAUACAGAAAAUACUGACAAUUACAUGCAGUUCGGUACAAGUUCAGUACACGUUCGGUGGUGC